UCCCAAUCUCUCUUUCUCUACUCUAAAUCUCUGUGUUCAAGCUUAUGGAAAUGGCGGCAUUGAGGCUCUUCUGCAUUGCUCUCUUCUGUUUCCUCACCGCCGUUCGAGCUCGGAUACCCGGCGUUUACACCGGCGGCCCCUGGCAGGGCGCCCACGCCACCUUCUACGGCGGCGCUGAUGCCUCCGGAACAAUGGCGGGUGCUUGUGGGUACGGGAAUCUGUACACGCAGGGGUAUGGGGUUAACAAUGCGGCGCUGAGCACGGCGCUGUUCAACAGCGGGCUGAGCUGCGGGGCCUGCUUCGAGAUCAAAUGCAGCAAUGACAGAUCGUGCCUCGCCGGAAACCCGUCGAUUGUGGUCACCGCCACUAACUUCUGCCCGCCCAACUUCGCCUUGCCCAACGACAAUGGCGGCUGGUGUAACCCUCCCCGCCUCCACUUCGAUCUCGCCAUGCCUAUGUUCCUCAAAAUCGCCGCCUACCGUGCCGGUAUCGUCCCCGUCAACUUCCGCCGGGUUCCAUGUAGAAAACAAGGAGGGAUCAGAUUCACGAUCAAUGGUCACCAAUUCUUCAACUUAGUAAUAGUGACCAACGUGGCAGGUGCAGGUGAUGUCCAAAAUGUUUGGAUCAAGGGCACCAACACCCAAUGGCUGGCCAUGAGCCGCAAUUGGGGGCAAAAUUGGCAAUCUAGUGCAAUGCUUUCAGGUCAAGCUUUAUCUUUCAGAGUUCGAUCCAGUGAUGGUCGCAAAGUAACCUCAAAGAACAUCUCACCCGCUAAUUGGCAGUUUGGCCAGACUUACGAGGGCAAGAAUUUCCGAGUCUAAUUUACUAUAGUCCAUAAACCUUGAAACUGACACGGGGAAAUUUCUAAGAAUUAGAAAUUUACCCUCUAUACUUUUCUUCUAUUUACAUGUAGUUCUUUUUACCGUAAUUUACCCACCUACAAAAUUUUCUCUUUUUCUCGAGAAAAUUUAAAUUGUGUGGGACUUAAAAGUUAAAAAUUAUUGUACUAAUAUUUUGUUGGGGCAUUUUAAGUGAUGUUUGUUAAGUAUAGACGUUGAAAGUUAAGUAAUGAAUGAAAGUGAGGGAAAAUGAUUGUAAGUUGUAGAGGCUGAAGCGGUUGCAGUAAAAACAAAAUAGUAGGAGUUAAUGUAGCCCGCAGUUCUCUGUGUACUAUUGUUGUUAUUAUUAUGUGUAAUCAAGUUUGCAUAAUUAUGUUUUGCUCUA